AUGUUCUGUACCCGAUGUCUGCGCUCCAGUGCCUUACGGCGUUCCCAGCCUAUUCUACGUCAAUUUUCGACAACGACGCCCUUCCGUAACGCCGAGCCUCAACUUUCGACCCCCGUCACAGCACCUGGCGAGGCACCUAAGGAUGUCCCUGCUGCACGAUCGUCAUGUGCACCUGGAACCGUCCUCAAUGGCCUUAACUAUAUCAAGACUGGACAGGAUCCCGUCGCGAAGCACGAUGAUGAAUACCCGGAGUGGCUAUGGUCUUGCUUGGAUGUGUUGAAGAAGAGUGCCGAUUCAGCGGAGACCGAUGCCGGAGACGAAUUCUCAAAAUCUAAGAAGCAGAGAAAGCUAGCGGCUAAGCGUCAGAGGGCACACGAGGCCAAGCUGUUGGCUGAGGGCAACCUCGAAGCACUAGCCCCCAAGAUCCCCAUCCAGCACCAGGCUGUUAACAUUCUCGGUGAGGAGAACCGGGGUGUUGAGCACAAUGUGGAAGCAGCCAAGAAGCGAGAGGAGCUCAGGAGAGCAAUGCGCAAGGAGCGAAAGGCUAAGAUCAAGGAGACCAACUACCUCAAGUCUAUGUAA